UGACUGUUGAGUGACAACGGGUUUGCCCAAAGGAAAAAGAUCAUAUCUGCACAAGGCCAAUAGCACUGCACGGAUUUGGCCAAAUGAGUGAAAAUACAGGACAGUUCCUCUGGCAAGGAUAACAGUCCACGCAUGCAAACACGCACUGAAACUCAAACAAGUGCGUUUUACAUUACAGGACAUUUAAUUUAUGUGAUUUAUGAGAUUGUGAUUUGGCUGCAAAGCUGAAGCGCUGGCAUCUUUAAUUCUCUGAUUUUUUUUUUUUUUUUUCCCCCCUCUUGUAGCUACACAGAAGGGAAUUUCAAGCCUGGGAGGAGAGACGCGCAGUGAGAACCAGAUGCUGGGAUUGGUCGGACGCUCCACGUUGCACAAAUCUAAACAGCAGCGUAAAGCAGAGACGGCCGGAGGAUGAAGCAGCCGGAGCAUCCUCAUCAUCCGAGCCAGGCGCACGUAGCCCGCGGUGGAAGGAAUCAAAAUAGCAACGAGUGACAUGCACAUGAGAGAAUGAUGAGAAAUUGUCGAGGGUGAGGAUUUUUGUGGGAUUCCGCACUGGAUGCUUAGUCUGCAGACAACAACACGGCGCCAGACAUCACGGCGCUGUUUUUCCACUCUCCACUGAGGAGCAUCUGCUGGUACCAAACUGAGGCUGAUCAUGGGUUUGUCCUUUUGGUAAUAUUAUCUGAGCCGCAAAACAGAACAAGCGCCUGCACCUCUUAAAUAAUAAUAAUAAUAAUAAUAAUAAUAACAUGGGUUCCAGACUGAGCAGGCAGAGCAGCUUGGACAAUGAGAAUUUCUCCAAAAAGCGACGCAAGCUUCUGGAUAGCACAGGAGAGAGCGACAGGGGCAGUCGGGGCGGAGGGGACUUUCUGUUUGCACUGAUGCUCAAAUCAGACAAACUGCCUGGGAUGCUGCGGAGGACCAACCACAGCCCGUACAUGCGGAGAGUGGCGUGGAUCAAAGAAAUCCAGAAGCUGCUCCGUGACCGCAGGAUAGAACAGGCAACCGACGUGCUCAAAUUACUGAGGAAGGAUCUGGGUUUGGAAGGCACCUCGCUGAAUGACAUCUUGUACAAAAAUGCUGCUUUCCUCAACCUAGUAGACCCGAUCUCACACGAGCUGCUGCUUAGCCUGGCUCGAGAGAUGCAGUGUCCUAAGAAGGAUGCAGACACCAUAAAGUCUUCUGAUAAGAUUUGCAGACAGCUGAUCUACCACCUGACCCCGCACUCAAAGUGGCUGCGGCAGAGCAUGUCCAGACGGAAAUCCCAGGCCUGUCUCAAGACUACCUUACAGAAAAAGCUGUCCAGCGAAACAGUCGACUUGUCCGGUAUCCCUUUAUCUACUCGUGAUGUUCGUCAAGUCGCCUUCUACCUCCAAAACAACAGAGACAGUGUGAUGGCUGUGGACAUCAGUUUCACUGAACUCCAAGACGAGAACCUGAGGCUUCUUCUGCCUCUUCUCGCCUCACUGCCCAAGCUCAGCACCCUGGCUCUCAACGGCAACCGCCUCACGCUAGCUAUACUCAAAGACCUCACAGAGAUGCUGAAGGAUCCCAAGAAGUUCUCCAGCUUGGCCUGGAUAGACCUAGGUAACAAUGUGGAUAUUUUCACCAUGCCUCAGCCGCUGCUAGUUGCCUUGCGUCGGCGCUGUAGCCUGAAGAGCAGCCUGCCCACAAUCUACGAGUACACAGAAGGCCAACCCUACUGCUACCACCUGGAGACGUCUAUCGAGGAGCCCAGCCAUUACGAGGAGGAAGAGGAGGAGGAGGAGGCGGAGGAUGAGGAGGAUGACAUGGGGAACAAAUUCGAGCUGGAGCCGUGGGGUUUAGGGGAGAAGCAGCUCUCCAAAGACUUCACCCUUCACUAUUGUGAGAGGUGAUGGGGUAUUUUUCUCUGAGGCUCUUUCGACUGUGGUUGAAAUGUUGUCCCACAGCACUCCGUUACUUCCUUUGCCCUCUCGCCCUCACACCACGAGCCCAGUCACCCUUUGAGGCACGAGGGAGACAAGUGCCCACAUUGUGAAAUUCUCGCCCCGACACGGCUACCAAGCUAUUCCUAACCAUCUCUGAGUUAACCCACACAAGAUGACAGUGAAGUGACAGUCACGAUGGCGGACUUACUGUGUUGGUGGAUGGUGCUCUUGGGAAUAAGGUGCGGUUUCAUUGGAGGGGGGGCUGGAGGAGUUAAUGAACCGGUGCUCUCUCUCUCUGUCUCUCUGUCUCUCUCUUUCUCUCCCUCUCUCUUUCUCUCUCCCUCUCUUUCCCCCUGUCUCUCUAUCUCUAUCUCUCUCUCUCUGAUAGUGGCAGCUGAGGAGCCAGUCCCAAGGAGAUUUAGGUCAGUUGGUUGGCUGAAGGAGCAGCAUCCCGGCGGUAGCUCAAGUGGAACUAGAGUUAGUUUGGAAACAGUGGGUCCCUGUGGGUUCUCUACCAGGACUGAGACUAUCUCUGGCAGGCAGGGCCUAGCUCCACAUUGUGUGUUCUCUGUUAAUCUCUCAACAAAAGCUAUGACACAAGUUCAACAGACUAUACAGCCGACGACCCAUCACGUGAUGCCGGCAAAACUGCUAGGUCAAGACUUUUUGCGUUUUCCCCCCCUUUCCAAAUGUCCACUUGUGAAUACCCACGCAGCCCUUGUGUAGAUGUAAAUGAGGACACAAAACAUGGCUCUGUUGUGUUUCCACAGGCUAUUUUUGUGCACUUUUGGUGAACAAAGCAAUCUUAGAAGACAACAGGUAGGACUCAACAAUGGAUAGCUGUCACUGGUUGUUUUUGUACUUGCCUAAAUGCUGAUAUUCACCUCUUUGUAAUUAUUGAACUAUUGUAGUCAUCACCACAGUGUUUCAGUGCAUUUAUACCACUGCAGCCAGCCGUUAAUAUUAGUCUGAGCAGUGCCCAAACUGAUUCACAGUUGAGCUCUUCCUACUGCCGUUUAUCUCUCCAUUUACAUUUAUUGAUGCUGUACUUCGGUGGUCCUGUGUUUGUUACGAGACACAGCCAUGACUGUUAUCUCUUGGUUAUAGUCUCACUGACUAUGAGUGGUCAUAUCCUUUAGUAGCACAUAACAAUUAAGUUAGACUGACCGAAACACUGCAAUGCACUUUAAGACACUGUUCUUUUUAUAUUUUAUUUUCCAUAAUAUCUACUCUGUAUAUGUUGUUUUUGACAAUAAUAUAUUCGAUGCUGAAAUGGAUGCAUACCUCUCUAUGGUUUAAAGAUGACCAAACAGUUUAUGAAUGUUAGAAGGAAAACAAUCCUGCAUCACCCAAUAUAUAAUAAAUGUUUAAGUGUGUGUUCUCUCUGUGUUUCUAAGUGUUGUGUCUGAUUACUGGUGUAAUUAUUUGUGUUAUUGUUUUGGUGUUUUGUCUUUUGUCCGUCUCAGUAAUUAUAAUAAUGACUCUAAUGACUAUAAAACUGAGCACAGUGACCUCCUGCUAUAAGCGGAUUCAGUUUUAAACCAAAAGGGGAUGUGGCUGAUGUGAUUACACAGAAAAAUGCUCUGGAAAUGUAAUUUCAUCUGGCAAUACUGUUAGAAUCACAGCAAAUUUUCAUGUGAAAUGCUGAACGGGGGAAAGCACUGAACCCUUGGUUUGUAGUUUAUGUUCUGUGUGUUGAUGUCAAACUCCUCAUUGUUGUAGCCUGUGUGUAUUUGUUUCAUGCCAAACACUGACUGCCAAUAAAAAUCCUGAUUUAAACUGA